AUGACUAUCGUUGCUAAUAUUAUACUAUUCUACAGCCUCCACCUACUAAAUACAAAGUUUUGUGAAGCCUUCCCAUUUGUUGCACCCCGCUUUGAGAAACCCACUUUGGAGGAGUCAGAUUCGAAUCUCACAGACUUUGUUAACAGCUUUGCAAACAAAGAAAUCUUUAGCCAAGUACAAUUUUCAGAACACGCAUUCUACGAUCGAGAGAAUAAUGUGGUGGGUUCCAUUGAGUUUUCCAAAUAUAACCAGUAUCAAAAGCAACCUUACGUUGCCAAUGGGUACAUUGGAAGCAGAAUUCCCAACUUGGGCCAGGGGUUUACCUAUGAUCAACUAACCGACUCACCUGAUUCAAAAGAAGAUGACUUGUAUAACGGAUGGCCAUUGUUUGACAAGAGGUUUGCUGGAGCUUUCAUUGCUGGGUUUUAUGACCUUCAAGAAAAUACUACUGGAAACAACUUUCCGGAACUUUUGAAAAAUGGUUAUGAGAGUGUGACAUCUGCUGUACCACAGUGGACAACAUUGAAGUUAACAAUUCUGCAAGGGGAUAAAAAUUACACGUUGGACCCGUCCUCACCCGAUGGAAUUGGACAGAUAACAAAUUACGUUCAAAAUAUGUCGCUCUCCACCGGUAUUGUAACAACACAAUUCACUUGGUUGGGCUUGCUAGAUGUUAAAUACACUGUCCUUGCACAUAAGUCAGAGAUAAACUUGGGCCUCGUUCAAGUUGACAUUCAAAACAAGGGCGAUGAGCCGGUGGAAAUAGAUGUUAGUGAUGAAUUGAAUUUUGACACGGCACAAAGAUGCCAGUUGAAUCUGGUUGGUCAUGAUAGUUCCGGUAUAUACGUGUCAUUUCUGCCAAAGAAUCUCGACUAUAUAUCGGGUGCCAUUUAUUCUACACUCCAUCUCGGUGAUGUCCACCGACAUUCAACCAACAGGCAAGCAAAACAAACCUCACUGAUUCGUCUACGCUCACAAGACACCACUCAAUUUGGGAAAACGGUUGGUAUUGUCUCAUCAGAUCUAGAUCCUUCAAAGUUUAAGAGCACUCGAGAUACUCUUCACUUUGCAAAGCUGGUGUCUCAAAAAUUCAACCAUCUCGAUUUGAUUACUAAGUCACAUAUACAAGCAUGGAACGAAGCUACAGAAAAGACUCCCUCAAUAGCAUUUCCAAAUGAUCCAUUAUUAGAGUUGGGAUCCAAGGCUUCAAUAUACCACUUACUCGCAAACACUCGUUCAAAUGCGCAAGGAUUAACUGCAGCACUCGGGGUUGCAGGAUUGAGCUCGGAUAGCUAUGGAGGUAUGGUUUUCUGGGAUACAGACUUUUGGAUGUUCAGAGCUAUAUUGGCCCUUAAUCCUGACCAUGCAAAAAGUAUUGUAAACUAUAGAGUGCACACCCAUGAGCAAGCUUUGCGAAACACUCCUCAAGGGUAUGAAGGUGCAGCAUAUCCAUGGACUAGUGGAAGAUUUGGAAACUGUACAGCAACGGGUCCUUGUUUGAACUACGAGUAUCAUAUCAAUUCUGCUAUUGCUAUGUCUGCGUGGGAGUUGUACCUCAGCGGGGCAGUAGACGACCACUAUUUGGAAAGCACCGUUUACCCCUUGGUUAACGACGCGGCAAAGUUUUACGCCGAUUACGUGACUAGUUACAAUGACACAAUUGACAAGUUUGUUACCAACAAUCUCACGGACCCUGAUGAGUAUGCCAAUCACGUUGACAAUGGAGCCUAUACAAAUGCAGGAAUCGCCUUGCUUAUGAAAUGGGUAAACGAUAUUGGUGCUAUAUUGGAUGUAAAAAUGCCUGACAUUUACAGGGAAAUUUCUCAGAAAAUGUACCUCCCAACCGCAGACAAUUGGCAAAACGUAACAUUGGAAUAUUCAGGCAUGAAUUCUUCAGUAGGUAUCAAGCAGGCAGAUGUUGUGUUGUUGACGUAUCCUUUACAAAAUAGUUUGGUCGAUGAGGAGCAAGCGUACACAAAUAUGGAGUUCUAUUCCGGAAAGCAAGUGAGCUAUGGACCGGCCAUGACGUUUUCGAUAUUUUCCAUUGUGGCUGCCAAUUUGGCUAGUGGUGGUUGCGCAUCGCAAUCGUAUUUACAUAAAGCAAUCCAACCGUACUUUAGAGGCCCAUUUGCACAGUUUUCAGAGCAAAACAACGACAACUAUGACACAAAUGGAGGUACACACCCGGCUUUUCCAUUUUUGACUGGACACGGAGGAUUUGUUCAAGCUGUUAUACAAGGUUUGACUGGGUUGAGGCACUCUUACACCAUUGACAAUGGUAGAAUCACCCGAUCAUUAUAUUUGGACCCGAUUGCAUUGCCUUGUUUGGGCAGCGGGGUUCAAUAUAACGGUAUUCAUUACGACAAUCAUACGAUUUCAAUGAAUAUUACCGAAUCCACUUUUGUGAUUAGAAACGAGGGCAAGACAUCAAAGAGGGCAAAUGAUUAUAUUUCCAUAACUAUAGCCGAGAGAAAUCCCGAUCAUGCAACUUACAAAUUGAAAGACAAUGAAGAAAUGGCGUUUAAGUUGUACCAACCGAGUAAGAGUUUCGAAGACACCAUAUCUGAGUGCGGAUUGGCAACUUUUUACAACAUUACAGAAAGCGCUCCUGGAGAUUCGUCUUUCCUGAUCAAUGAUGGCGAUAAUUCCACAAGAUGGCAAGUGAAAUAUAACGACACUGCCGGAAAAGUUUUGAUUGACUUGCAUUCCGUGAAGAAUAUCACCGGUGUUGUAUUCAACUGGGCUGACAAACCACCAAAGCAUGUUAAACUUUCCAAGUAUCUGGACACUGAAUUCAAUGCCGUGACUGACUUUUUAGCUAGAGUCGAUUUUGGUAAUCCGGUUUACAAAAACUAUCGUUUUGCUAAUCCCGAGGAGAAGUUACUUAAUCAAAGUGAUGUAUUUGAAGAAGUACAUUCGGAGGAUGUUGCUAUAAGCGCACCAUUCUCAAGUAAGGAGUUUGAGGAGGUGUUGGUACCUGUACGACAUAAUACAACUUCCUGGGAUAUCAGCUUACAAAGCAGAUUCCUUCUACUAGAAGUUGAUGGCAUUCAUAAUACUGCUCCACUUGAAGACGAUUAUGGAGGGGCAAAGAUUGCUGAAAUCAACUUCUUUCAAUAA